GUUUAAAAUUUAUUUCAGGACGUUAUGGACAUGAAACGAGCUAUUCCGAGCAACAACUGGUACACACCUCCAUUGUAUUUCCCAAUAAAGAAUCUUCCACUAGAUUUACAAUAUUACGACGUGAAGUGCUCGAUAAUAGAAAGCUUCGUGAAGUACAAGAUCCAAGAUUGGCGUUACAACGAUUUUUUGUCCGCAGAGGAAGAAGAAAAAGCUAUCGAAUCAUUCAAUAAUUGUAAAUUUACGAUAUGUAGCAACAACGCGUUUGUUGAAAAACUCAGCAACGACUAUAUGGCAAUGACGGAACUGGCAACGGCGAUGAUGAGUGUAUCGAAGAAGUUUUGGCCACUUUAUGACGUCUUCAAAUUUGUUGUGGACCCGAUCUUCUGGGAUAUUGUUUUAAACGUUCCUUAUCCUGUUGUCGAACAAGAAUACUAUCUUGAUCAAAACAAUGCAGCUUAUGAAAUCAUUACAAAAGUAUGCGGAUCCCAGAACUUAACAUUGAAAUCGAAAUUGAUUCCCGAAACUGUCAACAGACUAUUUUUGGAUAUUUUAGUGGAUGCCUAUGUUCCAAGUUCAUUCCACGACAGCGACAAGGACAGUAUAGCUGCUGAAAUAGACCCAGAUAAAUUGAAGGAACUUUGGAAUCUUGGUGCUGAACGCAGAGACACAGGGGGGAUAUGCUUUGAUUCAGCUCUUACAGAUAUGACAGAGAGAACAUCAAUCAGCAGAGUGAGAGAAACUGCAAAAGAAUUAGGGAUUGACUGUGGAGGGGAAGAAGAUGAAGGAUCGGAUUUUGAAUAUGGGGAUUUUGCAAGUGCUCCCGCAUCUCCAGGAUCUUCUAGCGGAGGCGCUGCACCGACUUCAAGAGGAAGUUCAGCACGUUGGGCCAGCGGACCUCCUAGUAGUCGCGGCGGCUCCUCUGGGUUUGCACCUGGAACCUAAUUUGUUGUAAUGUUUUUGACAUAAUAUUUGUAAAUGAGCUAAAAUGUAAUAAACACAGUUAGAGGA